UCCUAGAAGCCAAAUCCUGUUUUUUAGUAUCUAAAACUUCCCUACCAUUAUUUCAAAUCACAGGUGAUGGACCACAAUUUGUCGGCUUGAUGUUUGUAAUCUAGAUGUAAAAUACCUCUGUUAUGAGUGGUCUAGAUGUUGCACAAGUUGAUAUUGGUUUGUGUACUGCAAAUUGCCUCUUCAAUCUCUCCUCAUGCCAUUCAACCUAGCAUUUCUCAUCAAUAUUUUCAGAAAUUGACCUUUUUUUUGGAGAUUUCUUUGUUUGAAUUUUUUUUUUUUUAAUUACAAUUUAAGGAAUUGCAGUGAGUUGUGAAAAACCAUGGUGGAUCUGUUCUUAUUGGAUGCUUGUUUUGGUCUUUUGGAUAUGCAUGUAUUGAAUUUCUGUAACAAAAACAUGAUCUUUGCACUAACAAUAACAUGCUUUAUAACUUGGCUAUGGAACAAACUUUUUGGGAACAGAAUUAUUGGAACUUAGUGUUCUAUGUUUUGGGAACAAAAACUAUUUGGCUCAACAUUAUAAAUCCUACUCGGCCAGAAAAAUCGAAACAAGGGAGCUUUACAAAUCAUUUUCCACCAGAAAGAUUCGAAAAGAGAAUCUCACUUCAGUGGUGAGAUGACAUGGCAAGAUUUGAUUGAUAGGGUCGCAUGCUUAUAGAUACCCAACAGUGUAAGGUCCACCGAUCAAAUCUUUCCACAUCAUCUCACCACCCAAUUUAGGUAUUACCUCAGAAAAUAUCUAAUCCGUGACUACGUGUAUGAGACCAUAGAUGAUGAAAUUAGUUGAAUGCCACACAACAUGGAUACCAUUUGAUAUUGAAUUUGGACCAUCAAUAAAAUUUUCAUAACUGCUCAUUUAUUUUGUCCUUGUGUGGCCCAACAUGUCUUUUUUGAAAAUUUGUUUGUGGGAACGCUGUUUGGAGCAUUAAUUCAGUUUUGAGUUUAUUGUUUAUUUCAUGCAGGAACCUGCAUCAGAGAUACAGGAUAAGAUUUUAUUUAUGAUUAAUAAUAUUUCAACUUCAAAUAUGGAUGUGAAAGCAAAAGAAUUUACUGAUUAUAUGGUGAUGAAAAGAGCAGGCAUUAAGCCAAAUUUUCAUGAGCUGUACUUGAAGUUCUUGGAGAAAGUUAAUUCAAGAAUGCUGAAUAAGGAGAUUGUCAAAGCUACUUAUGAGAAUUGCAAGACACGGACGAAUGAGGUCCAGCCAGAGCUUCUACAAGGGACCUUCAAGUGCUUGGAAUGCAGUUUUGCCAUCAGGAACGUCUAACAACAGGCAAGCUUUGGACCUCUUUGGCAACCUCAUUCAUGAUGACCGGAGGUUAAGACCUGUAUUAGGCUAUUUUGCGCUUGUGUAAGUACAGUAUGACAGGAAACAUGCUACUGGGUUUAGAAAGAUAACCCUUCACUCUAGGACUCUAUUUUAUUUUUUAUUUGUUAUGCAUAAGUAUUCGCUGACAGCUCUUAUGGUGAUUGUUAACAUCUAGUUCAAUAGCAUAUCGUGCUUCUCCUUUAUCUUUUAACUAAUGUAUCCUAUAUGCUUAUUUACCGAGUAACUGAAGUUCUCUCUUUGUUGGUACCUUUUCCAGUUUAGUUAUGAUUAGAUGUUAAUAUUGUUUCUCAACGAACACUCAAUAACAUUCCUUUCUUUUUUACUAUUUUGUAUAUCUUUUGU